AUGCGCAACGUCCUCGUCACCAUUUUGGCCACGGCCUCCACGGGCCUUGCCUGGUAUGAUCACCCCAGCAUGGUCACCGAGGCACAAACGACCGAUGCUACAUUCCUUCUUCCCUCCUCCACUUCAACCUCCCCAACUUCGACGGGAAGCGCAACCGCCAGCGCGCACCGUCUCGUCACCAGGGUCACCAGAGCGCCCUCCGUGGAACCCACCACUCUGGCUACUAUUGCGCGUUCCAACAAGGAGGAACGCGACGAUACACGCGUCUACAACAACGGAUGGCGAACGUGGAUAUCAGAGUACGAUGGCCGCAUGAUUACCGUGAAGCCCUGUGUCAAGGCUACAAGGUAA